AUGAAAAAUAUUGUGCGAAGCGUAACUACACCAAAGCAGCGUUCAUUUUUCAACUAAAGCAAGUGUGCAGAACAUUUAGAACCAAUUAUUCCGAAAUUGUGUUCGGUUUGAUCAGUGCCACAGCAACAUUGAUGCACCCGUGUGCGGGGUGUAACCAGUGUUAGGCGCUUUGUUUAGGUUCGCAUCAUCGUCUCCAAUCUACGGCAUAUCUUCCUUCCAAAACUGAGGUGGAAUUCGCAGCGGCUUCAGACCAUCUCUUCACAUAAGGCUUUUGCUACUCUUCAAUGUCGAUGUCGCGCGAACAUAACAGAAUGAACAGCGUACUGCCGCCGUUUGUGACCGCGAUCGAUAUUGGAGAAAUCGAGCAGAUUGCCACCGUCGGGAAAGGGUCAUUCGGGACAGUCAUUAAAGCGAAAUGGCGAAACAAAUACGUUGCGGUGAAGUACAUCGAGGAUAUUUCGGAGCAACAUGCAUUUAUCACGGAAGUGAGCCACCUUUCCCGGGUGGCCCAUCCGAACAUCAUCGAGCUGUACGGUGCCUGCACGGAGAAACCACACGUCUGUCUGGUGAUGGAGUACGCCGACGGUGGUUCGCUCCAUAAAGUACUUCACUGUAGACCCAGACCGGUCUACACGGCCGCACAUGCCAUGAGCUGGGCCCGACAGUGCGCUGAGGGUGUUGCAUAUCUGCACGACAUGACUCCUCGGCCGAUGAUCCACCGUGACCUGAAACCCCCCAACCUGCUGCUAGUCAACAAUGGGACCGUGCUGAAGAUCUGCGACUUUGGCACGGUCACCGACAAAUCGACGCUGAUGACCAACAACAAGGGCAGCGCCGCCUGGAUGGCGCCCGAGGUGUUCGAGGGCUCGUCGUACACGGAGAAGUGUGACGUUUUCAGCUGGGGCAUCAUCCUGUGGGAAGUGAUCGCUCGCGAGCAGCCGUUCAAGCACAUCGACACAUCGUUCGCGAUCAUGUGGCGGGUGCAUCAGGGCAGCCGGCCGCCCCUGAUCGACGACUGUCCGAAGCCGAUCGAGCAGCUGAUGAUACGCUGCUGGGCACAGGACCCAAUCAAUCGUCCCUCGAUGAAGGAGGUCGUGAGCGUGAUGAACGAACUGUGCAAAAUGUUCACCGGAGAGAAUGAACCGAUCGGGGACGAAAUCGUGCCGGACGAUGAGGAGGACUCGUACGGUAUGGAUUAUCCUCUUGAUAGCAACAUGUCAUCGGAGAGUACAAACAAUGGGGUGGACUCGAGCGGCAGCGGCAGCAGCAGGGGCACGAUUACAAACAAGAACACUACCAUCCAGCGAAUAUCGGACGUGCCCAGGAACAGUCCCCUUCGAAAUAUGUCCUCGGCGGUACUACAACCCCUCUACAUUGCGGUCAAUCCGUACGAUCAACCAACCGAUCUCGGAAGUACGGCAUUAUGUACCGCUAACAACAAUCAGGGCACGGAAGGGUUAACCGUCACAAAAUGCACCAAUGCGCCCAUGGAUGCCGUCAGCAGCUCAAUUACCUUCACCAAUUCCUCGACCGGCUCCACCGGUGUCGGGAUUGGUGAAACCACCACCGGUGGUAGGGUAGGGCCGAUCCCAACAGUAGACACCACUGCGGACGACGAGGGAGGCGGUAAACGAGGCGAAGGAGACGGACGAGGAAACAACAAACAGAACGAGGCGGCCCUCGGCGACACGCUGUACAGUAUUUUGGACCCAAAUCUGAGACCUCUAACACCGGUACCAAACAAUCCACUCUCCGAGCAGAUACACAACGAACACAAGCUGUUAGUGCAAAAGUAUUUCGAGUUCGAGACGCAAAUCGUGACCAGUAUGGCGCAACGGGAAAUGUUGCAGAACAAUAUGCUACCGGAGGAGCUGCAGCUGAAGAAGGCCUACAUAAAGCGGCUCGAGGAACGGGAGGCGCUACUUAAGUUCAAAGCUAACCUGCAGAAGCAACUGAACGACAAAAAUCGACAGCAACAAACGAGGCAGCAGCAGCACCAACAGCAGCAGCUACUGCAUCCUCCACCCCUAAACCGGCAGGAAUCAGACUCGGAAUGGGUAAUCAUCCCGCCGCCCGACUGUCGACCAAAGACAGACAAUCAGCACUGAUUUGCCUUAAAGUUAAGAUUACUAUACGAAUAAAGUUGUGCGAAACAUUGA